UUCCAAAAUUUUAAGGAUGCAGUCAGUACUCUGGGCCUUUUGCAGGCAAGGUUUCAGGAGCUUUGCCACGAAGACGCAAGGUUUCCGGAGCUUCGCCAGCAAAGUGACCUACCACGCGGAUCCACCUUGCCAGCCUGCCGACCCUUUGUGCCACCAUGUUCCAAGCGGCAGAUGCGUGGGGGCCAGGAAGGUGCUAGCUCUCGAACUGCCGCACGAGAAGUUAAUGCAGCAGGAACGCGACCAGGAGAAGGAGAGGAAGUGCUGUGUCCUGCGAUCGGCGGCCAAAAAUCCAUGCGUAAAAAUGGAGCGACCCAAAGCCCCCAAGCCGGAGGAAAAGCCAUUUCGCUCGAUGUGGGAGCCACCUUGCCUGUCGGACGAGCAGCCGUUCUGCAAGGAAAUGCUGCCACGCUUCGAUGCGAUGUACUACCAUCCUUCCAACAAGUGGCGCUGCUACCAACGCACCUGGGUGGAGUGUCCACCCGUUAAGCGACGCCUGAAGAAGGUUUGCUGCCUAGACGCCAUCGAACCUCCAGAGAUUCUGUACCGAAUCAGGCCGCCCUGCCCAGGCACUUGCGGAAUCAACUAUAAGGCUCGAAGGCUCCUCUGCGAGGAUGGAGACUUGGAGCGGGAUCCAAUGUCCAAGUGCCCGAAAUUCUUUCACCCCUGUUGCAAGCUGGCUCGCUGCAAUCCGCGUUGCACCAGAGGCAGAAAGCCCUCAAAGUGCACCAAAUUACGGGCUCCAUAUCCCUCAUUCUCAGAAAUGGGAAUUUGGAAAAGAUUGCUCCGGAAAAGGGAGUGCCUUUGCUUGGAGAAAAUCCCCAAAUGUAUAGGUCUUAGGGAAGAAAAGAGACGCCAGGAUACACAAAUCUGAAAAAAAAGGAAGUUGAGGGACUGCCUUUUAAAACGAAGUAAUAGAUGCAAGUUGGCGUUUCUAUUACUUUGCUUUAGAAGUCAGGUCUUCGAUCCUAGCAACAACCAUGGAAACUACCCAAUAAUAAUGUGGCACAAAACAUUUAGAUAUAAAAUUAUGAGUCUUAAUAAAGCAUAUAACUAAAAUUCAUUAAA